AGCCCCAUCACGGUGACAGAUAUCAAACAGUAUAUCCGCUCCAAAGAUAUUCCCUUCCACGAUGGCUACAGUUGCCUCCACGUCCCGAGCAUCUUUGUCGAUUCGUCUGCCAGGAAGGAGAGUUUCUCCCUGUUCAUCGACAAAACCACGGGGCAGUUUCUGUGUAAAGACACGCUGGUGGGAGGGAGCUGGGAGGACCUCCAGGACUGUCUGGAGGUGAUGCAGAAGGAGGGGCAGGACUGCCUCAGCCCUCAUGUGCUGCUGGGAUAUCCAGAGAGUGUAGAGGAGCAGGAGGAGCGGGAGAGGGAGCUGAGGGAGGUGCAGACGAUCUGGUCCAGCUCCGUGCCCCUCACUGACCUCCACGAGGACGAGGCUCACCUUAUUAAAACCAUGUUCCAGGUCCUACUGGCAGUGGGAAGACCACCUUUAUCAGUGAGUUGGCCCUGGACCUUUGCAUGAGGCCGCCAAGAACUGAGGCUGUUUUGAGAACAAAGGGAGACCGAACCCAAUAUUAGUACGGUGUUCCUAAUUAAGGGCUCAGUGAGUGUACAUAUA